GGGGGCGGGGUGCGGCCUGCGGGUCACGUGGCGAGUCAGCCGGGCGGCGGGCGGAGCGGCGCGGGUACUUAGGGCUCCCGGAGGCCUGGGCUCCGCUCGGCUCGGCUCGGCUCGGCUUUGCUCGGCGGCUGCAGGCCCAGGCUCGGCUGCGCUCGGUGGAUUCCCGUUUCCAGAAUGUGGUGGUCCUGGCUUCCUACCUGUUGCCUGAUGGCACUACUGGCUGGUGCCCAGAGCAAGCCUUCCUUCCACCCACUGUCAGAUGACCUGAUUAACUAUAUCAACAAACAGAACACAACAUGGCAGGCUGGACGCAACUUCUACAAUGUUGACAUGAGCUACCUGAAGAAGCUCUGUGGCACCAUCCUUGGUGGACCCAAGCUGCCGGAAAGAAUUCGGUUCGGAGACGACAUUGAUCUGCCCGAUAGCUUCGAUGCACGGAAACAGUGGCCCAACUGCCCAACCAUCAUGGAGAUCAGAGACCAGGGGUCCUGCGGCUCUUGCUGGGCAUUUGGAGCAGUGGAAGCCAUUUCUGACCGGAUCUGCAUCCACACCAACGGCCACGUCAACGUGGAGGUUUCCGCAGAGGAUCUGCUGACCUGUUGCGGUGGCCAGUGUGGGGAUGGAUGCAAUGGUGGCUAUCCCUCGGGAGCGUGGAACUUCUGGACCAAAAAAGGCCUGGUUUCAGGUGGACUCUAUGAUUCCCAUGUAGGAUGCAAACCAUACUCCAUCCCUCCUUGUGAGCACCAUGUUAAUGGCUCCCGGCCCCAGUGCACUGGAGAGGGAGACACUCCUCGAUGCAGCAAGAACUGUGAGGCUGGCUACUCCCCAUCCUACAAAGAGGAUAAGCACUAUGGGUACACUUCCUACAGUGUGUCUAACAGCGAGAAGGAGAUCAUGGCAGAGAUCUACAAAAAUGGCCCAGUAGAGGGCGCCUUCACUGUAUUUGCAGACUUCCUGACUUACAAAUCAGGAGUGUACAAACACGAGGCUGGUGAAAUGAUGGGUGGCCACGCCAUUCGAAUCCUGGGUUGGGGAACGGAGAACGGAGUCCCCUACUGGCUGAUAGCCAACUCCUGGAACACGGACUGGGGUGACAACGGCUUUGUAAAAAUCCUCAGAGGAGAGGACCACUGUGGAAUCGAAUCAGAAAUCGUGGCUGGAGUCCCACGCACUGACCAGUACUGGGGACGGUUCUAAUCUGCUGUGGCCUGGCUGGCCAGUCCUGGGGGAGUAUUUCCCUAAAUUCAGCAGCCAGACUGGGAGUGAGGCAGGACAGGAAAGCCUUUGAUUCUUUAAGUUCACCCAAGAUGCAAGUUUGUAGACAGGACUAAUGAAUGGACCAUAGCUGUCUGACAUCAGAGCUGUCUUCUAAGGAGCCCAUCCUUGCCUGGCUCCCUCCCAGCCUGUUCUGUAGCAGUGACCACAGCACGGAUCGGACCCUGCCCCUAGACUAGUGCUGUUUGUACUGCCUGCGGCUGAGGCUCUGGCUGCCGUCCCACCGACCCUUGUCCCAGCAUCUCCAGAGCAGGACAGGCUUUGGCUAUAGGUUUUCCAAAGGAACAUGGAACACUGACUUCUGAUGAGAACACAUGCCACCCAUCAGCUGCACCUUGAAGCCAGUAGCUUCCUUGAUUUGUGGCAGGUGCCAGUGGUCCUGUGCGUCCGGAUCUCUGGAGAAAGCCACCUUCUCCCAGGGUGCCCAUGUCUAUCACCCUUGUCAAUGUGACAAGUCCUAUCUGAUCUUAUCCUUGGCUGAUGCUUUUUAAUAGUUUUAUUUUCUGUGCACCUCAACUGAUCAUGUGAAUGAAGGUAAUUAGUUGGAAGAGCUGUACUAGUUUUACAGAUUUGUCUCCUAAUGUUAUGGCUUAACACAAACUUCAGUGAUCCUGGUUUGCUGGCUGACCUGACCUCAACCACCAGUGAAACUAGUCUAGGAGAAACCUGCUUUUACCGUUUAAAGCAUCACUGCUUCGCCCUAUAAACUUAACAAGGAAUGACUGUGCCAAUAAAGUGUUUAUCCUUCAUUUCCA